AUGAUGUUCAUUGACUGCAGCUCAGCAUUCAACACUAUAGUACCCUCCAAGCUCAUCAUUAAGCUUGAGGCCCUGGGUCUCAACUCCGCCUUGAGCAAUUGGGUCUUGGACUUCCUGAUGGGCCGCCCCCAGGUGGUGAAGGUAGGAAACAACAUCUCCACUUCGCUGAUCCUCAACACCGGGGCCACACAGGGGUGCAUGCAGAGCCCCCUCCUAUACUCCCUGUUCACCCAUGACUGCGUGCCCAUGCACGCCUCCAACUCAAACACGACACAACGGUGGGGCUUGAUUACCAAAAAUGACGAGACAGCCUACAGGGAGGAGAAUGGGACCAAGCUGGACAUCAAGGGCAGGGCCCGUCUCUCAGACAAGAGGUCCAGCAGUCUCUUCUUUAGAUCCAGGGUGGGAACCCCUUCUCCGCAAAGCCAGUAUGGGAAUCCUCAUGCCAACACGUCAGAUCAACAGCUCCACCGUGACAAUGAUGGCCAGAACUAUACUGGCCUGAAGUUCACUGACAAAAAGAGCACCAAGCCCAGGAGACAGAGGGAACAGAUAGAGCAAACUUCUGGAUGUUUCAGAAAGGAAAUGAUGUUUACAUAUUGGACAAUAUUUUUGUUUUACGCCAAUUUGGGUUGUGCACUUAACAAGGAUGUAAUCCAACCAGACCCUGUGAUAGUUACACAACUGGGACAAAGUGUAUCUCUCACUUGCUUUUGUCAAUCUAAUUUGAUAGUCAGAGUCUCUUGGUUCAAGCAAACUGUUGGACAGAAGCCUCUUGUCAUGGCAUCAUCAUUUUAUCACACUCAAAACAGUUUUUAUUCCAGCAACUUUAACAAAGACUUUACUGAGACUAAACGUUUGAGUGUGAACAGAGGAGUUGACAGCUUCAACCUGAGCAUCUCCAAGACAGAGUCAAGAGACUCAGCUACAUACUACUGUGUUGCUAUGGAAGUGAGCAAAGUCGGAUUUGGAGAAGGAACUAUUUUAAUUGUCAAAGAUUCGGGGUCCAACAGCAUGUCUGUACUCCAGCAGCCUGUGUUUGAGUCAGUCCAGCCAGGAGACUCUGUGACUCUGAAUUGUACAAUACAUACUGAGACCUGUGCAGGAGAACACAGUGUAUUUUGGUUCAGACAUGGCUCAGGAAAAUCCCAUCCAGGAAUCAUUUACAACAAUGGAGACAGGAGAGAUCAGUGUGAGAAGAGCCCUGAGAAUGGGUCUCCUACACAGAGCUGUGUCUACAACCUCCCCAAGAGGAACCUCAGCCUCUCUGAUGCUGGGACUUACUACUGUGCUGUGGCCUCAUGUGGGGAGAUACUGUUCGGGAACGGGACCAAGCUGGACAUCGAAGGUAAGCUGUGCAUAACCAAACUAUCACACAUUUUCUCUCAAAUGGUAGAAAAUAUCAAUAUGUAUUUCUAUUACUUUCAAUUCAUAUUAGAUUUCAAAUAUAACUUGUAUAGCUCAUUUUUAUGCCAAAAUCACAGGAAUAAAGAAUAAUCGAAAAUAAUCACGCCUUGUUUUUUAAGUUUCAGACCUGUUGAGCGAUCAGAGUAAUCUUAUUUUCCUCAACAUUAUAUCUUGCCUGACAACUGCUGUGAUUGUGAGUGUGAUUGUCAACAUUAUCCUCUGUGUGAGAAUGAAGAGGUCACAAUGUGAACACUGUGCAGGUACAGUAAAUGUCUUCAUACUAAUAGUAAUAGUAAUAAUAGUUAUAGAUCAUAAAGUAGGGUGAAGGCUCGACCUCCUUUUAUCACUUCCCUCUCGGGCCUAAUUCAUUCUGAAGCAGAAAAUAUGACAUUCACAGCAGUAUGUGUUUUUAUCAGUAAACAAGAAACGUGUUCCAAUAUAUUGAAUAUUUUGACAUUUGGCUUUUAGCAGGAACCCCUUUUCAACAAAGCCACUAUGGGAAUUCUCAUUCCAACACCUCAGACCAACAGCUCCACGGUGACGAUGAUGGCCUGAACUAUGCUGGCCUAAAGUUCACUGACAAGAAGCCCAGGAGACAGAGGAGAGAACAGAGAGAGGAAGAAACCAUCUAUUCUGGUGUGAGUUAUCAAGUCAGGAUGUGACAGUCCUCCAAUCAGCAUCAUUUUAAGUUGAGCCCUACUGACCUCCUUUUUGAGCUAGACUGUGUCUGUGUGACUUGGCUGUUUUGUACUUUCCUCAUUUGUUAUACAAUGUAAUAGUCGGGCCAAGCAGAAGAGACUGUCACUGCAUUGGCAUACUCUCCUAAUAUCAAUGUAGAAUCAUUCAGAUGCAGACCAUAAUUGUUCAGCAAGUGUGAAAGCUGACACUAGGAUGGUUUCAUAAGUAUAAAAUCCUCAGCAAUAGUGGCUGAGGUUGACUGACUGGAUAUAUCUGCUUUUGCAAAAAAUACUGUAUGUUUAAUGAUUUUGCAAAUGUCUGAACUCUUCCUUUUGAUGGUAAUGGUUGUAACAUGGAACUCUGUAAACUGUCUUUAUGCU